CAUCCCCUCCGUCCCUGAAGUGAGCCUUUAUUAGUCGGGAUCGUUUGGAUCUUAUCUCGCACAUGACACUCGGUGGAAGAAAGACUGCGAGAAAGAGGGGGAUUAUCUGCGACCUGCCUUCCGAUCCGCUGAUUCCUGACACCGGAGAGCCUCGCUUAUCUCGCCCUUUAUCCUCAUCUUCCACAGGCGGAUGGACCAGUAGCCCUGUCUGCACUUUCACCACUAUCUGCUCCAUCUCGUCUAUUGUCUCUCCAUCGCAGGGAUCACACACACACACACACACACACACACAGGGGCUGACUGUCUGACUGAUCCCUGCUUACACUUCCAUCAUUACUAUUACUAUUUUUAUCUGCCCGAUCUCUAAUCGUCUCCCAGAGACUUCAGGAUCCGCAGAAAUAUUUCCCCUGCUUUGACACCCCCCCCCCCCAUGCGCCGAUUCCCAUGUCGCAACUUUGCAGGUGAAAAAGUCAAAUAAGUUUGUUUUUGCAUUUUUUUUUUUUUCCUCUGAAGACCCCCUCUGUCGAUGUCAGACUUUAACAUCUGAUGCAUGUUUGGCCGGUGGAAUAUGAGUUAAUUUUGGAGUUUUUAAGUUCAUCUCAAGAAAAAAAAAUUGCCUCCCAACUCUUUGUCAAGGUAUCUAAGGAGGUGUGACUGUUAAAAAAAAUCCGGAGGUGAAAAUGAUGCUGAGCCCGGACCAGGCUGAGGCGGACCUCUCUUGGACUCAGUCCGACCCGGAGACGAUGCUGAACGGCCUCAAGUCGGCCGGAUGCGCGUCGGACGAGCCGGCGGAGGGCGAGGAGAAGGCCAAAUGUAAAGCCGAGCAGCCCCUGAGCCGGGAGGAGAAGAGGAGGAGGAGGAGGGCCACGGCCAAGUACCGUUCGGCCCACGCCACCAGAGAGAGGAUCCGAGUGGAGGCGUUCAAUGUGGCCUUCGCGGAGCUGAGGAAAUUACUCCCCACCUUACCUCCGGACAAGAAACUCUCCAAGAUCGAGAUCCUCAGACUGGCUAUAUGCUACAUCUCCUAUCUCAAUCACGUGUUGGAUGUUUAGACAUGACCCCCUUCUCCCUCCACCACCACCACCACCACCCACCCACCCAUUGAAGACAGAGAUGGUUUGGUGGGGUUGUUAGGAUGGACUCAAACGCAUGCUGGGCGUCAAUGGGGCAUGGCAAGGUUGGCAUUUAGGAUCAACUGAAGGAGGAGACUCUUAAAAAGCAGUAUUUUGUAAUCUGCGCCAAGCUCCAUAUGUCUGUGUUUUACGCAGGCAUUCGCUCCCUUUAAAUUUGUCCAAUUUCAGGUAAAUUAUUAAUAUUGAAAGCCUCAUUAGUGUAGAUCUGUGAGGCGCAUGGGGGCUCCCUUUUUAAAAAUGCCUCACAUGGCCUGAUUUUAGAUUUUAAUGAUCAUUUUUGAAGAGGGAAAGUCAUUAUUGAUACCAUAUUUGGUUUACGCACAUAAGGAAAUUCUAUUAAAAUCUGACUUUUAUUGACAGAAAAUCCAUUCGUUUGGAAACUAACUGAUGCCAAGAAGUGCUCCGCCUGUUCCCUAAUGCUGACAGGGACUUUGCCAUACCUUAGUUGACUUACAUGUGGCUCCAGUGUUGUGCGUCCGCAGAAAAGCAAAAGGAGGAGAGGCAGCGGCGCCAAGUUGUUGCUCUGACUGAGUGAAAAGCCUCAACUUUUCAGUCCAGACCGCUCACUGAAUAAAAAGCAUCAGGCGCCUAGUCGUUUGAGCUGUUAGAUGCAAUAAUGAGAAUACUGAUUAUUUUCCGAUACAGGGGAGGAUGGACUGGAAAAAAAAAAAAGCCCCUCAGGCGUUUUAAUGUCUGUCUCCGCCAUUGAAGUGUUGGAGAACCACAAAUGAGGGGGGCUGUCACUCAAUUUGGCUUCAGAAAUAAACAAAAACCACUUUAUUUUGAUUUCCUUAAUGCCAUGUAUUAAUUUGAUCGCAUUAAAUCAGCCUAAAAUUGCUCCAAACCGAUAUUUCGGCCUAAAACCGUGCGUAAACGGACACCUCCCCUCGCUCCAUCACUCCUAAGGUCUGUACAAACAAAACACUGGGGCAUCUUUCCGGUUUUUAUGAGACAUGCGCAAAAGGCAGGUGUAAGAAAAACCAGAUGGAAUUAAAAGGAUGUUAACGAAAAUAGCUGCUUUAGAUCUAGUUUAGACGAUGUUUUCCGUGAAGGAAGAAAAAAAAAAGAUUCAAUGCGUAAAGUGCCACUUAUGACAUAUGAAAUUGUGACCUUAAUCAUUUUUUUAAAAAAAAAGGUGUAUUGGAUAAUUUAUUUAAUUGUGUUAAUAUUUAAGGUAAUUUAUUUAUGUUGGUAUCAUAGGCUGGCGUCUUUUUGUAUAAAUGUAUAUUGUUUGUUGCUUCUAUAUUUUAGGCUGUGAAAUUGAACUUGGAAAGUGAUGGUGUUACUCUUAAAAAUGCACUUUCUGUUUUUAUGGGUUAACCAUAGCAUAACUUAUUCGUUGAUGUUUGUUUGAUGUUUGUCAUUACGUUUUGUUUUUUUUUAUUUGUUUGUUUGUUUGUUUUAAAUGUCACGUCUAUUGUCUAUCAAUAGCAACGAUAAGCACUUCAAGAUGGGGCGAAAUGGCCUCAAAAAUGUUUAUUUCCCUAAAUUGUUGUGUUCAGAGGUUGCUCGACAAAUAAGAAUUAGGCUUCCCACAAAAAUAUUCAAUUUCCAUUCAAUUUUAAAUCAUUUUUCCUGCCAGGUUAAUGUGUCGGUAACACUUAAUCAUGCGAAGAAUGAUUAUGUCAAACCGUUUCUAAUACGUUAUUUUUCAAUUUAGAGGCAACCCUCUUUUUUGCUGUGACCAAAUAUUAUAUUAAUAAUAAUUUCGAAAAAAA